CGUCGCGUCGCGUUGUUCGGAUCGUUAACACGGUCCAACACAGUCGCUUUACUACCUGUUCUCAUAAUCUACGCCCGUGGUGCGAAAGCUUGCUAUUGUUAUUGUUAGGUUAGGUGACUUCGUUUUUCCAGAAUAAUAAACGCGUAUGAGUAUCCUUAAAGAAUUAUAUAACGCGCAAGAUACAAAGUAUCAUUGUUGCAUUCUGUCUUUCUUUCUAGAUAACAUUGGAGGUGCGAGAGUGGCGCUUCGUUGAUAGUGAUUGACGGAUUUAUGACUCCUAUGCGGAUAAUUGUAACACUUAUGAGACAGCAAAGAUGGUUACCGUACAAGAUAUCGGUUUGCAACUUACGAAGCCAGUAAAGGAGUUGGCACAAUGGACUUUUCCCUUCUCGCAGACUCUCGAGAAGUAUUGCUCUUUAUUCAAUACAACAUGCAACCAAAGUUUCGGCGAGGCUGGACUUGUUCUACAAAACUCCACAGCUGUGUAUGUGCACAGAAUUGAUUCUCUUUGGAAUAAAACGGAAUAUUGUAGAAAUGUAUUGACGACUCAUGAACAGGAAGAAAUGGCAAAGAAUUCUACUAAAAAGAAAGAAAGAAAGACUGACAUGUGUUUUAAAUUCAAAACUGUCAAUUUUGCUGAAGAAGUGGAUAAGAAUAUUGAUAUCAAAAAGAAUCAUGACAUUGUCAAAUCCAAAAGCCGCCGUUUCACUCAACUAGAGAAAGGUAUUGCGCAACAUGUCUCUAUUGAUAUUUAUGAUGUGAAUGGGGAAAUUAUUGAAAAAUAUGAUUUUCGGUGCAAUCAAAAUAUAAGUAUGAAUGGUAUAUUGGUUGAUGAGUUUGCGCCUCAAGAUUUUUGUUAUGCUGACGAAGAAACAUUUUCGUCGAAUCAUUCGAACAGGCUUUCCUGUGAUACAACAGCAGAUUCUGUCAUGCAUGAUGACGAUAUGAACAUGACGAAUGAAGACAUGAGGUCCGAGAGAGACAACAGUUCACUGGAAGAAGACAUUUCUACCGAGUUGAUUACAUCUUUGGAGUCAAGCCAACAAAAUCUCUCUUUAUCUAGAGAUAUUGAUACUGACAAUACACUUGUCAAAACACCAACAAAUAUUUCAAGCAAUAAUUGCGAUGUGACUCUCAUUGACACUUCGAGCGAGAUGUGCCCGAAUACACCCACUGACAAAAAUUCAUCGAUAAUGACUAAUAUCAACAAUAAUAUUUCAUCGAAUAACAAUGAUCCAGAAGAUCAAUGCUUGAAUAAUAAUAUCAAGGAAAAUAUAGAUGUUGGCAGUGUAUUAGACAGUCCACCCGAGUCAGUGAAUUCGAAAGGAAGAAGAAGUUCGUCGACGGAUGAUCCUAUGUUAUUAAACGAUAUAAAUGGAGAUUUAACAAAAACAAAGUUUAUUAACUCAAUACAAAAUACUCUUGCAAGUGACAAUAAAAGAAGUAAGCGACUACAUUCUACCUCGAAAUCUGGGUCAAAAUUGUUAAAGCGAAAGUUGAUCGUAUCGAGUAAGAGACAACGAAGCAUAACAAAGAAAAAUCUGCUCAUGUUAGAAGAUAGACCAAAUAUGUUUAAACAAAACUCAAGUACCUGUAUGAAGAGUAUACGAGAGCACGAUCCUUUGCGAUAUGAGGACGUGACGAACGCAGAAUUAGAUUUUCUAGGAUUUCGAUUACGCGUUGAUACUGAAUCAGAUGUUAAUAAUGACAUAACAACAAAUAUCAACGAUAAUGUAAUGACUUCGUUUGAUGACAAGAUAUCUGAACUUCACAGUCCCAGUUCUGUAGAUAUGUCGCCGCCGCAUGAAAGUUUCUGUGAUGUCUGGUUUCGAUCGAAUUCGCCACAUAUCUUAUCGGGAAACGUCGACAAAUGGCAUGAAAUGAUACAACCUAAAUUGCAUGAUGCUGAGCAAAGGUCGACGUUUUGUAUUCGUGAUUACACGUCGCGAAUUAUGGAAACUCUGAAAGCGAGUGAUCAACAAAAGAUCAACUUUAACACUGUCAUACAAAAGGAACGUCCUUGCGAGGUGGCUAGAUACUUUUUAGCGUCAUUAGACUUGGCCUCGAAACAGAACAUAGAUAUAAAAACGAACAGUGAUUCUAAUAUAGAAAUCACUUUGUAUGAAAAGAAUAAACAAUGUUCCACUUGUGAUUGAAUGGAUUCAUACGAUUAAUAAGCAAAUGAUUUAAUAAAAAAUGUGCAAAAAUGUAAAAUAUGUAUAUUAAAACUCAGAUUAUUUGUACCUCCAUCUUGGGGAGGUCCACUACUGUGAUAUUAUGUAGCUAAGAAUGCAAUU